CCGCUCACCAAGCCACAGCGGCCUCGUCCCUGAAGGGAGAAAGCAAGGGAUCCCCCACACCCCAGCUCCACGCACCCCCCACCCCGAGCCCAAACCGCAUAUCCGCGGCCCCCACCUCCGCGCCCCCAGUCACCCGGGGGACAGCCACAGGCGCCGGAGGAUAACAGGCAGCUCCCACCUAUCACAUAUACACCACACACAUAAAUUGGUAAAGUAAAAUAAUAAAAAAAAUAAAUAAAUACUUGUAAAUAAAAAGGGGCAACCCAAACCACCCUCCCACCCAGGGGAGAUAGCUACGCGGGGGCAGCUGGGCCCAGGCACCAGCGCCCCCACCAGGGGGAGAGGCCGGCCCCCACACCCCACACCGGACGGCCCCACGCGGUAGCCGAGCAGGAGGGCCCAGGGCAGACCCCGCCCCACCCCCAGAGGCAAAGGAGGCGAGGGAGAGCCAGCGCCACCAGCCGCACACGGGCCCCCCCAGCAGCAGUAGGCGCCAGGCACCCGCAGGAUGCAGCACCCUCGACGGCCCCCUCGACCCCGCCCCCGCCCCAUCACCCGACCCGGAGGCCUAUAACACCCCACUAACAUAAUAUGGUGAUUUCUGGACAAUUCAAUUUCAAGUGCUAACAGUUCAAGUUCUUUACUUACUGACUCAGAAAGCACUAAUUUAACAUCAAAAUUCUGCUUAAUAUAUCCUUUUCUUUGUCGAUCAGUACGAUAGACAUUUAUAGCCAUUAAUGUAAAUAUCUUUAUCAUGCACAGAUUGUUUAAGCCAAGUUUCAGAUAAGACUACAAUAUCAGUAUUUGUUGAGCCUAUCCAGAUCUUUAUCAUAUCCAGUUUAGAGAGUAAACUCCGAACAUUGAUAUGAAUAAUCCCAAGACCAGAUCUAGCUUUAAAAUCUGCAGGUGUAAAACAUUGUGCAGGUGUGUCAGGGCCUGGAUUAGUUUCAACAUUUUCUGAGAGCAACAGCAAUAAUACAACUAACUAGAAAUCUGUGCUUUGUGUUACCAUCCUUUGAGUCAUCUUUUAGUCUACAAAAGAGUGUUCUCACUAAAGGGGAGGUAGCAGUAAUAGUAAAAUGAUCUUUCAAAACAAGGAAACAAUAAGACUGAAUGGACACUACAAUUGUAUGCAGCCAUUUUGUUUUGUCCAGAGUCACAAAAUUCCUCGGUUGAGAUGAAGUUGAGGUGAUUUUGUAGCUGCCACUAUAAUGGAAUGUUAAAUUGUCAUAGUUGUCAAACUGUGCAUCUUGAAGUAACAUAACUUGUGAAGGGGGGGUUACCGUUUGGGAUACCAAAAGAACCAUACAAAAGUAUAAAACACUAUACAAUGGUUUGUGACAUGGUGACAGGAGAUGCUCCACAGUUUUACUACUUUUGAUGAUAGCAGGCAGGGCUGAUGGCUGAAGGCUAGCAGUCAGAUCCAGUAACUAGAAGUUAGCAGACAAAGCUGAUGGCUGGAGGCUAGCAGGCAAGGCCGAUGGCUGGAGGCUACCAGACAAGGCCAAUGAUUGAAGGCUAGCAGGCAAGGCCGAUGGCUGAAUGUUGGCAGGCCAGGCUGAUGGCUGACGGCUGGCAGGCAAGGCUGGUAGUUGGAGGCUUCCAGGUGAGGCCGGUGGUUGAUGGCUACCCGGCGAGGCUGAUGGCUGAAGUCUAGCAGGCAAGGCCGAUGGCUGAAGGCUACCAGGCAAGGCUAAUGGUUUAAGGCUGCCAAGUAGGGCUGUCUGCUCCUACUACUCCAACAGGUGGAUUGUAGGUAGGUCAAAGCCUAUAGCAAUCCAGUGACAUCUGACGAAAAUGUAUCCACCAGAGAUCCCACUUUGCAAAGAAUUUUUGCUCUUGCAGUGUACCACUCAUUCAGGCUCAAAUUAAUAAAGUCUCAUACAUAAAAACACACAAACUCAGACCUCAGGAAUGGACAUACUUAACACUGAACUGACUUUGCUGCCAUCUUGGAUGAAGUGAGUAUGAGUGUGAGUAGCAGUUGCAAACAGAAGCUUCACUGUCAAGAAUGUUCCAGACUCCAUCCCACGUUGUUACACAUUCACCACAAAGAUUCAGGAGAAGAGGAUGCAAAAGACAAGUGUGAACAGCAGCCCAUAUCAAGUGCCCUUGUACAAACAAACAAAACUUGUGGAGACACUGGGGCCGGUAAAGAAGACUGUGCUCUUUCCAUCAUUCUAGUGUGUCAAGGCGCAAAAGGGAACCAAGACAGUGAUAACAUACGCCUUUUUGGACCCUGGUAGCUCAGCUACUUUUGCUACAGAGUCACUUAUAGACCAACUGAACCUGGAUGGACGCAAUGUCAGCAUCAUGUUGCGAACAAUGGGAAAUGACUGUCGUGAAAACACAUAUUGUGACUGGUCUGGAAAUCAGCAGCCUGGAUGGGAACCAGUUUGUUGAACUAAAGGAGGUGUACGCACAGAAGGACAUUCCUGUAGCUAAGGACAAUAUUCCCCGCCAAGAGGAUAUUGAUAAUUGGCCCCACCUAAAGGAGGUGAGAAUACCUACUGUUCAAGCUAAAGUGGGAUUGCUCAUAGGAACCGCUACAAGUGGUCAACAGUGUGGAUGAUGGACCAUACGCCGUGAGGACAAUAUUAGGCUGGACAGUAAAUGGACCACUCCAAGGUGGAAGUAAUUGGAUGGCGACAAACGCAUUGACAGGAAUGACUGCAAACAGAAUCUCAGUCGUAAAGCUUGAAGAACUUUGGCAGCUGCAGUUCAAGCAGGACUUUCCUGACGCUGGACAAAAUGAAGACAUUGAGAUGUCUAAGGAUGACUGUAAGUUUAUCAGCAUGGUGUCUCAAUCCGCAGUACUUAAAGAUGGCCACUACAAUGUUUGUCUUCCGGUGAGGAAGAAGCCUUUGUGCAUGCCAAACAACAGGGCAAUUGCGGAGCAAUGUGCAUUGAAUUUACGGAAAAGAUUUUCAAGAGACGUCAAGUUUUAUCGAGAAUACGUGGCGUUCAUGAGCGACCUUCUCAGAAAGGGUUAUGCAGUGCAGCUCGAAGGUGAUGAGAGCAAACCUGCUGAGGGGCGAACAUGGUAUCUGCCUCACCAUGGAGUGAGACAUCCAACCAAACAGAAGCUUUGAGUCGUCUUUGACUGUGGCGCAAGCUUUCCAGGUACUUCAUUGAACCAACAACUUCUACAGGGACCUGACCUUACAAGCUCACUAGUAGGGGUCCUGAUGAGGUUCCGUCAAGAGUCUGUGGCGGUCAUGGCUGAUGUGGAGGCCAUGUUUCACCAGGUCAGAGUAAAUGAUGAAGACACGGAGCUCCUCAGAUUUCUCUGGUGGCCUGAUGGGAACUACAGUCUGGAGCUUGUUGAACACAAUGCUGGUGCACAUUUUCGGUGCCACAUCAUCACCGAGUAUUACAACCUUUGCAAUAGUGUGCAACAGACUUCGUGGAUGAGUAUGGACAGGAGACGUCAAGGUCAGUCAAUAAGAACUUUUACGUGGACGACUGUCUUAAGUCUACUUCUGACGAGAAUACAGCCAUUACCCAGUGUGCUGAAUUAAGGAAUAUGUUGGCAAAGGGAGGAUUUCGGCUGACAAAAUGGUCAAGUAACAGCAGGAAGUUGCUUAACUCCAUCCCAGAAAAGGAAAGGGCACAGGGAUUUCAAGAUCUGGACUUGGAUGAGGACUACCUGCCAAUGGAAAGAACGUUGGGCAUUCAGUGGUGUGCCGAAUCCGAUCAGUUCAAGAUCAACCCCAAAGAUCGACCACACACUAGGAGAGGCCUGCUUUCCCUAGUAAGUUCCAUUUUUGAUCCAUUGGGCUUUCUUGCCCCAAUAAUAUUGCCACCCAAAAGAAUACUGCAGGACUUGUGUCCGCAGAAAUAUAGCUGGGAUGAAGACCUGCCUGACACCGUGGUAAAGAGUUGGAAAAAGUGGAUCGCAAGUCUGUCACAACUUGAACAUUUUGGAGUUGACAGAUGUGUCAAGUCGAAGCAGUUCGGUGUGACAACCUUUGCGCAGCUUCAUCACUUUGCAGACGCGAGUGAAGAUGCAUAUGGAGCCACAAGCUACUUGCUAAUGCAAUUUUCAACUGGCGAAGCUCAAUCCAGCCUGAUCCUAGCCAAAACAAGGAUCACGCCUUUGAAGGCUCCAACUAUUCCAAGACUGGAAUUAACGGCAGCCACAGUUGCAAUAAAGAUGGAUAAGCUUCUGAGGAAAGAACUGGAGUUGGAGCUCCAGGAAUCAGUUUUCUGGACCGAUAGCACGGCUGUGCUAAAGUACUUGAACAGUGAACGCACCAGAUUCAAGACGUUUGUUGCAAAUAGGAUUGCAGCUAUCCUGGAGCAUUCUCAGACAUCUCAGGGAGAUAUGUCAACACCACACUGAAUCCUGCUGAUAAUGUCUCAAGAGGACAAACUGUGGAAUCAUUUUUGAAAAAUGAGAGCUGGCUUUCAGGACCAAGUUUCUUGCUCGGCUCACCAGACCAGUGGCCUAAAAAUCCAGAUCCCGGAAUGCUGGAUGUCGAUGAUCUAGAGGUCAAAGGAAUGACUCAAGUAAACGUUUUCAGGUACAAGAGCCCAAAGAUUCCAUGAACCAGUGUAUGGAACCACUAUUCUUCUUGGACAGCAUUGAAGCAUGCUGUAGCUUGGUUUCUCAAGCUUAAAGAUUUGUUGAAAGAGCUGAAGGAAAAGAGAAAGGAAUUAAAAGCCUCAGAGGAAGAAAGCAAGAUAACUGCACUCAAGGCAGCUGUCAAAGGAAAGCAUCUGACUUGUGAUGACUUGACUGAAGUGGAAACAGAAAUUGUGAAGCUUUGUCAAAGGCAAAGUUUCAAGGAAGAGUUGGUAACGCUUGAGGAACAUCAUAGAGUAAAGAAAGGAAGCUCGCUGUGCAAGUGUCCAGUGCUACAAAAUGGAGUCAUGAGAGUAGGUGGAAGGUUGAGCUGUGCAGCAAUGCCUGAGGACUCCAAGCAGCAAGCCAUCUUGCCUAAGAAUUCACACAUCACAAAGCUUGUGUUGAGGCACGUUCACGACAUUACAGCUCACGCCGGAAGGAAUCACAUAAUGGCUAAUCUGCGUCAAAGAUUUUGGAUACCUGGAGCCAUAGGAGCCAUCAGAAAGUUUCUGUCCAAGUGUGUAACCUGUAAAAGACUUCAUGGAGCUGCUGGAAAGCAACUCAUGGCGGAUUUACCAACAUGCAGGGUCCUGCCUGACGACCCACCUUUUACAAGAGUCGGCGUUGAUUACUUCGGUCCAUUCCUAGUGAAGAGAGGAAGAGGACAAGUAAAGAAAUACGGCGUUAUCUUCACGUGUCUUGCUAUACGAGCCAUACAUCUGGAAGUUGCGUCUUCUCUCGACACAGUUGCAUGUCUCAAUGCAAUCAGAAGAUUUCUCGCCAGAAGAGGACAAGUCAGAGAAAUGUACUCAGACAACGGAACCGGCUUUAGGUCAGCUGACAGUGAGAUGAGGAAAUCGAUCAAGGAAUGGAACACCAAAAGGCUUGAGAGACACUUGCAACAGAAAGGUGUUCAGUGGCAUUUCAACCCACCAGCAGGUUCUCACCAUAGAGGAAGCUGGGAGCGGCUGAUCCGUUCAGUGAGAAAGGUCCUGAGCGUCACUGUGAAGGAACAGCUCCUGGAUGAAGAGGAUCUACAUACCUUAUUAUGUGAAGCCGAGGCAGUGUUAAACAGCAGGCCUAUCACAAAGGCAUCAUCAGACCUCAACGACCAACACCCAACCACCUGUUGUUGCUGAAGGUCAAGCCUGCGUUACCUCUAGGAGUGUUUCAUAAGGAUGACCAAUACACCAAUCGCAAAUGAAGACAGGUGCAGUACUUUGCGAAUAUCUUCUGGAAACGCUGGUGUAAGGAGUACCUCACACAGCUUCAAGAACAUCAGCGAUAGUCUUCACCUGGGAGGAACUUCCGUGUCGGCGACAUGGUGCUGAUCGUGGACAACACAUCUCCCAGAAAUUCCUGGCCACUAGGAACAAUUGUGGAGACUUUUCCUGGUGGAGACAGCAUUGUUCGUCAGGUUAAAGUGAAGACCAAGACCAACGAGCUUUGUCGCCCAAUAACAAAGCUAUGUCGUUAGAUCAAUACAUGACAUUGUAUUUGAGCGUAUAUCUAUUCUUGUACCAUUUCCCCUGUUUAAGCAUACUUACUGUCUGAUAUCCAUGAAUUCUUCUACUACUGCUCCAUUGUGAUCAGUUUGCUUACUUCCCUAUGAACUAUUAUGUGCAUUAAAGUCCAGGAAAGCACGAGACCUGAGGAAGCAAGGAAAGAUUCAAAACACUUGGAGCACUAACGGGAAAAUCUACAUCAAACUAAACGGAAGUCCAGGAGUUGCAAGAGUGCUUGUUGUCCAAGAUAUCAGUGAUCUGGAUGCAUAUUAAACAUUAUAUUACUAUGAUAAUAAGCAUAAUGGAGGAAACACCCUACAAGACAGAGAAGGACUACAUUCCACAGCAAUAACCUCGACAUAAUUAAUAAAGGAACUCUUGUAUACAAACCCAGCGUCACUAGCAGUGCAACACUAAAGACGACGUGGAUAUCAACAGGAGAGAAAGGACAGGAUAAAUAGAAAGGGAAAAGGAAAGGAGAAGGAGGAAAAAACGGAGAAAGGGAAAAAAAAAAAAAAUUAUCAUUUAUGUACCUGUAUACUGUAUAUGUAAAAAUGUGCGUACUUGUGUAGGUGCAGAUGUAGGUGUAUAUAUAUGUAUGCAAGUGUUUGUAUGUACACACAUGUAUUAGCAAUUGAUGUGCUACGAAGAGGGGGUAGGAUUAAAUAAGCUCUGCUUCUUCCUACUCCUUUUCGGACAUAUGCGUGUUUGAAAUAAAUUAAACCAACCAACCAAACCAACCAACCAAAGUCCCCACACCAGAUCUCUCUACCACCAUGCCUCCUUAUUAUCUUCUCCAAUCUUUCAACAUCUAAUAGUUUACAGGAGUUAUACAGUAUAUAUUAAUAAUGAUUAUAUUUGUAUUUGCUUGAUGUAUUUCAAUAACCAGACACUCUACUACAGUUAAUGUUUCUAUUCUAUUAUAUAUUAUUCCAUCUCUCACAAAUGUUGCACACCCUCCCCCUUGGUUUUCUUUUCUAUGGAAUGGCACUGAUUCAUAUCCAUACAACACACAAUCCAGAUGGGGUCUAAACCAUGUUUCUUGCACACAUAUAAUAUCAGGUCUUUUCCUACUUUCUGUUAUAUAUUUCUCAAGUUCUUGUCCAUUUGCUAUGAAACUUCUUGCAUGCCAUUUUAACGUUCUGAGGUCCUGCAUCAUUGUGUAUAGUCAACAUACGGUACUUUGUAUUUCUUCUGCAUUCAGGUCCUUGAUGUUUAAAUAUUGUUCUGCAGCUUCCACAACCGUUUUGAUCCUAUCACUUUUUCUUUCUUGCCUGAUGACCACAUUGAUAACUUUACAUAUAAAAGCUACAAAGUUCUUUUUCCUUACAAUUAAUGUGUCUUCUUCUAUCGCACACUUAUGGUUACAUUUCUGUUGGGGAGCAGUCCAUUCUAAUUGGGAUCUUCUAUGGCCUGUUCUCUGAGGAAGUCCUACUGCAUGUCCUGUAUGUUCUGUAGAAGUUUCCUGAGUCUCUACUGGUUUAUUUUGCUUAAUAACACACAUACCUUUAUUCUUUACUGCUUCAGCAUAUGAUAGCUUAUUGUCUCUUUUAUAUUUUAUAUGUUAUUUUGCCACCUCUGAUUUCUCUCUUCACCUCAUCCAUGGACAUUUCCAUUGGUACAUUUGAUAUAACUCCUCUUAUUUCUGCUGCCUCUCCUGGUAUGUGUACUUUUAUUUCUCCUCCAUCAAGGUACUUCAACUUCAUCAUAUUUUCUUGCUGUUUUUUAUUACUGUCGAUAUUAGUAUUCUUCUGUUAUUGAGCAUUUUGGCGUAUUUAACUUUCCCUAUUUCUUUUUCAAUUGCUUUAGGCAGAUGCACUGGGUGAAAAGGUCCUUUAUCUUUGCUCAUUGUAAUAACUUUCCAUUUUUCACCAGACUCUUCUUUGCUGUUUGUUUUAGCUCGUAUUUUUUCCUUGUUUGUCUUCCAUCAUAAUCUUUUCCGCUGCUUGCUUCUGACCAUGACUGUUUCCUUGCUAUUUUUACCUGUGUGUACUCCAUCUCAUCUGUCCCUUCAUCACCACCAUCAUCUGAACUACAGCCCAUUGUUACACUCACGGUACAGCUUGUUUGCACCCGCACUUCAACUCCCUCCGCACCGGUCUCGUCGUACCGGGCCCAUAUAGACCUAUGCAAUCCACUUCCCACAACUCACCUCCAGUCGAGAUAUCAAACCUCAACUAUAUAGUCAACACUUAUUGGAUUCCUAUCUCGCACUCUUCCUUUUCCCUGAAAUUCACCACGCUUCAAUUUCCCACGGCCACAUCAGUACUUCCGCCUUCCUCCUCCUCCUUUUUAAUUCUUCUUCUUCUUUUACUGUUUAUUGGCGGUUGGCAAGCAGCUUUUAGGUGUGCGUUACCGCCACCUUCUGAUAGGAGUGUGGAUUAGACUCUGAUAUAAUCCAGUGGUGCCCAAACUUUUUGCAGUCACGUAACCCUUCACCCCUUCAGACAUUUGACCUGAAGCCCCUACCCCCUAUUCCUGCACACUAAAAAACAUACACCUUUUAAUCUUAAUUAACUUGAAAUAUUGAACAUGAUUAGUUGGUUAAUUCAUUUUAUAGCAAUUCCAGGUGUAAAAAUGUGUAUUUCACAUGGUUAUAUUUCAAUAAAGUUUCACGUGAGCACUGAUAAAUAGAUUAAUAAUCAUGCUAUAUAUAUUUUAUGCUGGUCUGAUGUUGGCAUCUUUCCGUUUGAAUGGUUUGAAUUUGAGCAUCACUUUUUUGUACAAAAUAAUAAUCAAACUUACUUAUUUCUUCAUAUGAUACACACAGAGCAAUUACCAAUUUCGUGCUUUGUCUCCUUUCUGCCCCAUUGGCAUUGCGCUAUGAGGCGUUCAGGCUCAUCGAACCGUUCAACACACAUGCGUACCGAACCGUGACCCCUGUAUCGAACAAUAGUUUCAUAUUUAUUUUAUCAGCUUCUGAUGGCGCUCUGUGCUGAAAGCUCAGUGUAUCUGCGAUCGACUACCGGUACUCUGGCUUAGGUGGCAUUGUCAAGCACAGAGCCACUCAGCUCCGCCUCUCACAUUCAUACCAUGCUGAAAAUGUUGAAAAAUGUCGGCAAUUUCAAUUUCAAUUUCAAUAAUUACAAAGCCUGUUCGUCCAACUCUCAUUGUUGUUACAAUGUCUUCUUCUCUCCUAGUUCUGCUGGUUCUUCAUAGCUGGUCCUCUUGGGACAUUCAGCCGAUCGCAGCUGGACUGUUCAGGUUGAACAAGACUAGAGUUAGGAUCCUAUCUAGUCUGACUGCCUAGUGUCCCACCUAGUCUUUGAGCUGAUGAAGCCGGCUCGGAUGAGAGGCGAAACGUCUUCUAAGACAACAUGAACAGUCCAGUUGCAAUCGAUUGAAUCACCUGAGAAUAGGUCCUGGACGAAUGAAAAUAUUCACUGGCAUACUUCUUACUUGGUCCACUGUUCUUUUGAAUAUUAUACAAAUGCCUACCUUUUGGUAGGGGGCAUCUGUCUCUCGUUCUCUGCACUUGCUUCAUCCAUUUUUUGGAAAAGAAAACAAACUUACAGUAUCACUUGGAUAGUGUCAACAUCCAGCAGCAACACAACAUUUUGAACUGACUACUAUUUUGAAGAAAAAUAAACUGAAUCAAGUCAACCAUCUGCCUCAAAGUGUCCCAUUUGUCCCAUUCUUCCUGUGAGAGAAAGGCUUAUAAAAAAGUGGUUCUUUAUAAAAAAGUGGUUCUUUAUAAGCCUUUCUCUCACAGUUGACUUAAUUUCAUCUUUACGGUGCUGAAUAUUUACCCCCGCUUGUGCUCUUCUUGUUGUUGUCUUCUCAUAUGUAUCUGCCGACUAGUGAUGUGUCGGUCGCAAAUGAAUUGACUUUAAGAACUGUGUCUUUGAAAUGAACCACAGGAGGCCGAUGAGUUUUUUUCUUAUCUUUUUGUCUGUAAAGGCGAAUGUUAUUGGUCAAGAUGUGUGGCGGCGUUCCUGCGUCCACGCUGAGCAGGGUGAGAGGCAGGUGUAAACACACGCGGUGUGUGCAGCUAUCAUUAAAAGAAGUUUUUCCUGCAAUUGGUUCCUGCUUUCUGCAUACUGGGGUCAUCGCCACAAUGCCCAAGACAAGACUUGACACACAGCACACAAUCUCCUGGUUGUGUGGCCAACAUGCUAACCACUGUGCGGCCGAAAUCCAUUUAAAUAAUAAAGAAAUUAUAUCUUGUAUUUUUUACAUUAGUAAUUCAUUUUACACAAUACACAUAAUUUGGUAAUAAAUUAAUUUAAGAGAACAAAAAAGUAUGAGGAGCCACUUGGGAGCUGGAAGAGCUGAGUCAAAAGAACCAGCUCUCUGAAAAGAGCCGGAAUUUCCAUCACUACUGCCAGGUCAUUACCCUCCACUCCUAUAUGUGCUGGCACCCAUAACAGGGUCACUGUGACCCCUGCUUUCUUUACCCUACUAUACUCUGGAGGACCUAAAAAAUACACCUUGUCUGGACUCAUAGUUUUAAUGCUGACAAGAGCACUGCUAGAACAACUGAUACUGGUUUAACACUACCCAUUGUAAGCUAGCAAAAUGGCCAACAACUCUCCCGUGUAAACAGACAAAUUAUCAGUAAUUCUGAAACAACAUUAUCGGUAAUUUUGAAAAACAGUGUUGAACAUUCCCAAGAGUGGACGGCCAACCAACCCCAAGAGCGCAGUGAUGACUCAUCCAAGAGGUCACAAAAGACCCCACAACAACAUCCAAAGAACUGCAGGCCUCACUUGCCUCAGUUAAGGUCAGUGUUCAUGACUCCACCAUAAGAAAGACACUGGACAAAAACGGCCUGCAUGAGUUCCAAUAUCAAAACCACUGUUGAACAAAAAGAACAUUAAGGCUCACCUAAAUGUUGCCAGAAAACAUCUUGAGGAUCCCCAAGACCUUUGGAAAAAUACUCUGUGGUCUGACAAGAAAGUUGAACUUUCUGGAAGGUGUGUGUCCCAUGACAUCUGCUGUAAAAGUAACGCCGCAUUUCAGAAAAAGAACAUCAUACCAACAGUAAAAAUAUGGUGGUGGUAGUGUGAUGGUCUGGGGCUGUUUUGCAGCAUGAAUCCUGCUGUCUACCAAAAAAUCCUGAAGGAGAAUGUCCGGCCAUUUGUUGGUGACCUCAAGCUGAAACCAACUUGGGUUCUGCAGCAGGACAAUGAUCCAAAACACACUAACAAGUCCACCUCUGAAUGGCUGAAGAAAAACAAAAUGAAGAUUUUGGAGUGGCCUAGUCAAAGUCCUGACCUGAAUCUUAUUGAAAUGCUGUGGCAUGACCUUAAAAAGGCGCUUCAUGCUGGAAAAACCUCCAUUGUGGCUGAAUGGCAACAAUUCUGCAAAGAUGAGUGGGCCAAAAUUCCUCCACAGCGCUGUAAGAGACUCAUUGCAAGUUAUCACAAACGCUUGAUUGCAGUUGUUGCUGCUAAGGGGGGCCCAACCACUUUUUCACACACGGCCAUGUCGGCUUGGAUUUUUUUCUCCGUUAUUAAUAAAAAGUGCAUUUUGUGUUCAGUUGUGUUGUUAUGUCAUGUAAUAUUUACAUUUGUUUGAUGAUCUGACACGUUUAAGUGUGUCAAACAGAUAAGAAAUCCACAAGGGUGCUAACACUUUUUCAGACCACUGUAUGUAGCGACUAACUUUAUACUGAUUGGACUUGAAGAGACACAGAUCAACCUCAACCUCGUCCAUGGUGGUACCACUGAAACAGAACAGUAGGGCACAUUAACGCCUCUCCAACAGCCACAUUUUCUACCAUUUUACUUAUUGUCCAUCCGAACCCUGUUUGCUUUUUUCUCCCUUCUCCUGACUAUUUUCAAAAACCCUUUUUGUAAGACGACUGUCCUGAUGUCCCUUCAGGCUUGCCCAGUAACCCAACACGAUCUGAGCCCUUCUUAAAUGAGGUGGAAUCUAAUUCAUUUCUACUAACAACGCCGCGACCAGAGUAUUUUUACAAGCGCCACAGCCCUAACGCAAAGAAACUGUAUUACAUCUGGCUUCCUCAGUAAUGUCUUUGAUGCAGAUCCGUAGAAAUAUCCUGGACAAAUAUUACAAUUGUUGACUUUAUUCCCAGUUGACUACAAUGUACUUGAUUAACAUAAUGUAUAAUCAACAUACGGAGAAUAAGGGGCAUAUUUCUUCACAGGUCAUGACUUUAGAUGCAGCUGCGCAACUCUGUGAUUCAAUAUUAAAAAUAUAUAUAAUCUGCCUUUCUGCAGAUUAUAUAUAUAUAUAUAUAUGCUUAUAUUUUUAUAACCAUAAAUAAUGCUCACUUUUGAUUGACACUUAUCAGAGAGGUGUUCAUUUAAUAUGUUUAUUAGUGUUGAUUGAAGUGGUGGUGCAUAAAGAUGAUGUCACUUGCAGCUGCUGUGCGUGUGUGUGUGUGUGUGUGUGCGUGUGUGUUGGGGGGUGUGUUGCUUGCUUUCUUUCACUUUCAACCUUUGGCCCAUGAUCAGUGCAGACACUUUUAAGAGUCUGCAGCGCGUGGGUGUCUUAUCUAGCUGUGGCCAGUCAUGAGCGUUCCGGCGGGGGCCAUGGUCACCUCCAAGUGGCUUAUGGAGGCUGCCAGGCUGCACCACAAGAAACUUUGCAUCCUGGACACUUCUUGGUACUGGCCCAAAGCGAGGCGCAGUGCCAAGAGCGAGUUCGGCAGCAGACACAUCCCGGGCUCUGCCUUUUUGGACCUAGAUGAGUGCUGUGACAAAACCUCCCCUCUGGAACACAUGCUGCCCUCCGAGCAGAACUUUGCAGACUAUGUGGGCCGCCUAGGCGUGGAUGGAGACACCCAUGUGGUGGUGUAUGAUGCUAGUGACUUUGGCGCCUUCUCUGCCCCGCGAGCCUGGUGGAUGUUCCGGGUGUUUGGGCACAGCCGGGUGUCGGUGUUGGACGGGGGACUCAGGAACUGGCAGCGGGAGGGGCGGCCGGUGAGCGACGAGGUGAUCAGACCCAGGCCCGGCGUGUUCAAGGCCUCCUUAAACCGCAGCUGGGUCAAGACCUACCAGGACCUUGUAGGCAACCUGGACUCCAAAAAGUUCCAGGUGGUGGACACGAGGCCGACUGGCAGGUUCCGAGGACUGGACCCUGAACCCAGAGACAACAGAGAACCGGGCCACAUUCCCAACUCCAUCAGCAUGCCCUUCCACUCCUUCCUGUUGCCGUCGGGCCACUUCCUGCCAAAGAAGCGACUCCAGGUUCUGUUUUCCCGGGCCGGUGUCGACCUCGGUCGCCCUGUGUGCGUGUUGUGCGGCUCGGCGGUGACCGCGUGCCAUGUGGCGCUGGCGGCCCACGAGUGUGGACACCCGGGCGUUUCAGUGUACGACGGUGGCUGGUCCGAGUGGUACGCGCGCGCCAGGCCUGAGAACGUCAUUUCGGAGGGCCGAGGGAAGAGCCUGUGCUUGGUCGGAGAGUCUAGACUGGAAUGAGAUCAUAAGUUUGUAGGAUAAAGAACAUGGAUGCGACUGAUGAGUACCUCUUGAACACUGAUGCUGUCUGAUAAAAACGUGUAUGUCCGACUCCAUUUACGUCGCAAAUGUUGCACAGCAUCAAAAACGCACAUCCAAGUCAGAUAUAUACUGCAGAAAUACAGUGGUACCUCGGUUCUCAUUACAAAUAAUAAAAAAAAUCUAUCGAAAACAAUUUAAAUUCAAUUACAGUAAUCCCUUGUUUAUUGCAGGUACAGUAACUGGUUCCAGACCAGACUGUGAUAAGUGAGUAGGAUUCCUUAUUUAGAAAUGGAAUAUGUUGAUAGUUAGAGCGCAGAAAACCUGUUUAUGACACAUUAAAUACGCUUUUAACAUUAUUAGAGCCCCCUAGGCAUAAAAUAACAGCCCUAUAGUCACCUUUACGCUCCUAUUACUCAAUACAGUAGACAUAAUAAGAGAAAAUAAAACAUUUUAAUGUAAGACUUGUGCUUGUGUGUGUUAUGUCAAUGCUUUCUGGUGCUAGGGGAGUCAAGUUUGGGGCAAACAGCAUGGACGUUGGGGGUUCAGAGUUGGGUUUUAGCUUGGUGAGUGUUUCGGUUGUUACAAUAGCCCAUGUUAGGGAUUAUUGUGUCUGUUGUGAGAUCAUUCAAACCAACGGUAUAAGACUGUUGUUCCUGCAAUCAAGUCUGGUGCUUGUGUGUCACACCCAACGUAACAGUAUCCUAGUGACCAGUGUAGAAUACUGCAUAUCAUCACAACUUCAAUUUAGCCAUUUUUAUGCUUGAAAAUGCUUCAUUUAGACAUAAAUGUUUUGCAUAUUUUUUAACUUUUUAAAUUAAUAUGUUUUUGAAAAGAGUGAAGCCGUCGAAAUUCGAAGCGCUAAGUGGUGAGGGUUUUGUGUACAUGGUUUUUAUCAGAGAGCAAUGACAUCGACCCAAAUAUAAGUCUCAAGUUAGCUUUGUUGAACAUAAAGACAGAAAGUAGCUGACAUUUCCCCUUCAAUAAUCUUUACAACAGACUCUUUUUUUCACAUUCAAACUUUUUUCCACCCUUUAGGUUUGGUUUUGGUUUUAGGAUCAUUUUUGUCCCAUGUUUGUCAUGCUGAACUAAUAGCCACCUAAAUGUGUAUUUAUCACGCCGCAAUAACAGCAUCUGACUUCUUAAGACGAGUAAAUAAAACCAAUCCAGUUAUUCUUGGCAAAGAUGCGGAAACAUUAACAUUUUAUUUUUUCCAAACCCCCCACCCCCAUAUACUGUACUGUAUCUGCUUAUCGCUUUUGCUGGAAUAAAAAUGAACUGCAUUUUUUGGAUGCAAAACAUUGUGAGAGUUUUGCUAAACUCUUCAAAUGAGGCGGCAAGGGAGAAGAGUAACACACACGCUGACGUUAUCUGACUCAACACAGACACGUUUCAUUCUGAGGGCGCGACCUUUGCAUCCUGACCCAAACAGCAGCGUGCGUUCAUCUGAUAAAAGAAAUGCUGGCACCGUGAAGGCCAGCAGCAUCCACGUGAAAUACUUUUCUUAAAGCCAGAGUAAAAAGCAAUGAGCCUUUCAACUUCAACUAAUAAGUCGUCAAAGAGUUGUCGACCACAAACACACUCCUGAUCAAAAUGUUAAGACCUGAUGAAAAAUUGCAAGAAUGUACAUUUUGCACUGUGGGAUGGACCUUAAGGAGGUUCUAAGUAGAGUUUCAAAAGGCAAAAAGAAGAAAUGGGACUGACACAAAAUGCCUGAAACCCCCCUAAAAUAGAAAUAAAAUGUUGAAAAAAGGAGUGCACAAUGAGUAGCUGAGCCAUUCUUGUUAUCAGCUGAAAAAUGGGUUUGGGCAUGCUUGAUGCCAGUGUUUCCAGGAGGCUAGUGGGAAUGUUGAUCCAGGUGGUGAAGAUGGCUUCACGGAGGGCAUCCACUGUCUGGAACUGAUGUCCAUUUUUGUAAACUUCCCUUGCCAUCCAUCCCCAAAUGUUCUCCAUUGGAUUUAGAUCAGGGGAACACACAGGAUGGUCCAAAAGAGUGAGCUUAUUUCUCUGGAAGAAGUCCUUUGUCAGGCGGGCAUUGUGAACUGCAGCGUUGUCCUGUUGAAAAAGACAGUCAUGACCACACAGAUGAGGGCCUUCAGUCAUUAGGGUGGCCCUUGCAACAUCUCCACAUAGCCAGCUGAUGUUUGACGCCCCUGCACAACCUGAAGCUCCAUUGUUACAUUGAAGGAUCAUGAUGGCGCCCCCUCUACUGUACUGUGUGCAAAACAUCUCAGGUGGGAUCUCCUAGUCAUGCCAGUAAUUUUGGAAGUCAUCAGGACCUUCAAGGGAGAAUAAAACUUUCUUACAUCUUUCAAUGUCCCAUGAUUGGUGCUCUCCUGCAAAUUCCACGUUGAACAAAACGAGGCCUUUGAAGACCUUUUUCUUCUUAAAAGCCUUCUCUCGCAGAUGGUGUCUGAUGGUUAUUGGACUGCAUUUGGCACCGGUAACAACCUUCGUUUGGGCUGAGGAUGGCCCCGUGUCUUGACGGACAGCCAAUGGGAUCCUCCAGCUCAGGACCAGUGACAUUUUUUUUAGGUCUACCACUUGACUUUUUUUCCUCCAUAAUCCUCAAGAUGUUUGAAGAAGUUUGAGAUGACUGUCUUACUGCGUCCAACCUCAGUAGCAAUGACACGCUGUGAGAGGCCUUGCUUAUGCAUCUCAACAAUCCCACCGUGUUCAAAGAAAGAAAGCUUUUUUGCCUUUGCCAUCAAGACUGACACUAAAUCACAUCCAAUCCACAGUUUUGCCCUUUAAAGGCUGUGCUCUUAAACUUUUGAUCAGCUGAUGAACAGCCUAUUUCACUUUAAUGCUUGUAUGCAAUCAUUUGCUUACUCAAAAAUUGUUUUGUCUCAAUCCCAUUUCUUCUUUUUGCAUUUUGAAGCUCUGCUUAGAACCUCCUUGAGAUCCAUCAGCGUAACGUGUACAUUCUUGCAAUAUAUUUGUGAAUUGUGAAUUUCUCUUGGAGAUAAAUAAAGUAUCUAUCUAUUGCCAAGUCUUAAGAUUUUGAUCAGUAGUGUACAUCCGUAAGAGUCCACAAAGUCUAAUGAGAAACAGUUUAAAUAUACUAUUGACAUGACAAUGAGUAGUGUGUUGGGUGCACUACUGUACAUAAAAAAAAACAAUACUGGACAUCAAAAUGUAAAUAUGUACAUUGACUGGCCAGCCCAUACUAGAUAAUACUAGGGCUGUAUCAAAAAUUCACCCUUUACAAAGACGAUGGUCAUUUUUGGAUUCAUUUUAUGUGUUUUAUUCUAUUUAUUUAUGUAUGUCACAUGCAACCGGAUAUGACGUUUAUGUCUGCGCUACGUGCAUUGCGUAAGUUUUUACGUAGUUCAGUCUUGGUGAAUAAAGACGAUAGAAACAUACAAAUGCUAACGAAGUAUUUUAAUAAAAGUCGCUAAUCAAAUAACCUCCCAAUAUAUUACAUAUAUGAAGUAUGGUUAUUGACCAUUUAUGUUCAUACAUUUAAAAAUAAUAACUACCACAGCACGUGACGUCGCAGAAGCGUUGUCGUAAAUAUUUGCUAAAGGAGGAAGUGACGAGUCCUUGUGCAUGCGUGACACCGAUUGCGUUCCGGGUACGUAUUAUGUAGUGACACACCUUUCUGAAAAAACAAGUCCAAGCUCGUACUGACUGAUGGUGGCUCUGGGUUCAUUGAGUGCUUUUAAUUUGAUGUUGUUCCUGUCUUAGUUUUACACAAUACAUACGAAAUGAGUAAUAAAUCAGAUUGCUACAAUGUACGUAUGUUACAUGUGUGUUGACUGGCUAGCGUGCUGCUAACGCUAGCAAGAGCUAAUGCUAUUUAUGUCCUUUGUCAUUGACGCAAGCCCCUAAAUAGCUGUCCUCGGCUAUGCCUGCCCGUAACUAGCAGCUCGUAACCCAAAUUUUUAGCUAGCAGUUAAAAGCAAAACGUCUCGUAUCUAAAAAAACACUUGUUAGUUGGGACACUCGUAUGCCACAGUGCUACAGUAUAAAUGACAAUUAAAAAAACACCUGCAGUGCACCAGUACCUUCUCUCUUCUUCCCGGCGAUGUACUUUGUGACAACCCGACUCACAAUGACGCAAAUAACUUUGGUCUUGUCGAGAGGCAUCUGCCAGGGCUGAUAUUUGUUACUGCUUCUGGCUUCACAUCAGCUGCCUUCGUUUCCUCAAACUACAGUGUGGGCCGAGGGUCAAACAGGACGUGCGCUCAUUAAUCACGCUAAAAAAAAUCAGUGCCGUUAAAGGAAACGUCUAACAUGUUAUGACCACGUUAAGCCGUAGACUCGCGGGCCAUUUGCGGCCCGCCAAGUCACAUUUUGCGGCCCACGACUUGACAGGAAACACUGCUGUAAAUGCAGCCCGCAAGCCCUAAGUCAGGGGUCUCAAGGUUGUGGCCCGUAGGCCAUUUGCGGCCUGCCAAGUCACAUUUUGCGGCCCGCGACUUGUCUUCAAAGAUGACUGUAAUACGGCCUGCGACAAGCCAAUGUUACUCGUAGGAUGCACACAUAAGCCUACACUGAACUAAAAGUGAGUGAGUCACUUAAAAAAUGUGGUAAAAAAAUUCCACCCAUUUUCUAUACCGCUUGUCUUCAUUAGAGUCACUGGUAAGAUGGAGCCUAUCCCAGCUGAAUGCAGCGAGAUAUAAACUGUGAAAUUAUUUAUUUAUUUGAUUCACCCUAUUACUGUAUCAAGAUAUUAUUGUUAUCGUGAGCCAUGUAUCGUGUGUCGUAUCUGUUAGAAAUAAACUCAUUCUUCAU